AACCUCAGAGUCCACCCGCCAGUGACCACUCUCUUCGACCUGGGGAUUAGUGGGUAUAAUUGUGGUUUGCAGAGCAAUCGGCUGAGGGAGUUCGCUCAUCCAACUCGCCAAGUCGUGGCAGAUCGCGCAUCUACUCAAUAUAAUACGGACUUGGAUGUCAAUAAGGCACCGCACACGGUCUUCUCAUAGUCAUUUUGGACUCCAGAAUCGCACAAGUUUUCUGGUUCAACGACUCAGACCAGAAGUAACUUCAUCCCGCCUCUCUAAUAAUUGGGUAAUUAAGUGUCAGCAGCCGAUGGGGAGUGCUGACUCAUGGAGGGGUCGGAAAAAGCCACCAGUGGGGAUGGAAAUUCUGUCGACGUCGCCGAGAUUCCAGCGGAACGGUCGCAGCGUGGACCUCGGCGUGACCUCAUCGGCACAACCACCGAAUUAUAGGGAGCCGUUGGAAGGCCAUAGCGAGCCCGGCAACCCCGGCAAGCCUGGAGACUCUCUCCCGCCAGCGCCGGGACGGGGGAGCAGGGUAUUAACCGCGCGCGGGAGUGGGAAGAGAUGACUAAUGUCGGCGGGUGUCUGCUCCGUAUUGCUCUCAGCAAAACCCCACUAACAACCAUGAAGCAAUGGUUCCGCAAACUAUCGCAAUCGUGGUACUGCGCUUGUUACUCGUUCACAACUUACGUCCCCUUUCGUCUCGACCAUUGCCAAGUCGCUG